UCAUUCUCCUAACUACCGGGAAACCGCAUACUCCCAGUUCCGCGCUCACGGGACCCAGGAAGCGGAAGCCGGAGAGAGAGAGAGAGAGAGAGAUGGCGGCGGCUACCACCACCACCGCCGGCGGCGGAACCUCCGGCGAGGGCCCGAAGAUAGUGUGGAACCAGCCCCAGCAGAGGUUCGAGACGGAGGACAAGAAGGCCUACCUCCAGUACGCGCUCCGAGGCGGCGGCGGGGUGAUGGACAUCGUCCACACCUUCGUCCCUCCCUCGAAGCGAGGCCUGGGCUUGGCCUCCCACCUCUGCGUCUCCGCAUUCCAGCAUGCCAAGACCAACUCCAUGUCCGUCGUCCCCACAUGCUCUUACGUCUCGGACACUUUUCUUCCGAGGAACCCAACUUGGAACUCUCUUUUGUACUCUGAAGAUCUCAAGUCUCAUAUGUAAAUUUUCUUCUAAAUGUUCGGCGAAAUAAAGGCAAGUCUGUGAGUGUCAAGUGGAUGUAACUGCUAGCUUGAACUGCUCUAUUCUACUUCUUUCUCGGUAUCUGUCUCAGAACUUGUAGCAGGGCGUGGUUCCCCCGCACAAAGAUGCUUGUUUCAGUAUUGCAUUUACAUGCUCUUCUUGGGUCUGUAUGCUUUCACACAUCUUCAAGAGAUAUAUAAUAACUUAUUCUAA